AGUUUAUGUUUAUAUAUGCUGAUCGAAAACGUGUAUUUUAUCUAUUGCAACGCAAAAUAAAAAAAGUGUUAAAUGUGAAUCAACGUUGUUAGUAAAUUGUAAUUACAUAUACAAGUUCAGUAAACAGAUAUUUUGAAAUCAACUAACUUACGGAGAGUCUGAUGAUAUCUAGACUUAAUAUGUCAAUGUCACAUAUAUCAAGAGUCGUUGGAUGCGUGCUGCAAUAUAUAAGAGGUAUUUUGUUCUACAAGCGACCAGGAUAAGUUAAUUUGAACCACACAGUAACUUACUGAGUAAGAAGCUCAUUAUUUUAAAUAAAUGAGACUGAAGAGCCAGCAUCACGCUUGAAAAGACUCAAAACUUUUCAUAAAUAGCGAAAUCACGCCGGGUAUGCGAAUACUUCGUUGACGGAUGGCACUUCACUAACAAAGAACAACAAACGCCACGCGCGAGAGAUGCCCGAUCUUCCGUGCUUGAAGGUGGCUUUGAAGUUGAACACGCCCUCCAAGGUCACAGGUGGGCACUAUCGGUUGGGCGUGGUCGGAAACUGCAGCUUCUUGGGCGACGGUGACCCGCCGAACGCCCGCAUUGGUCAACAGACGAGCACAGAGAUAUGGGUCGUGGAGAUAUGGAUGCCGGAAAACUUCGUUUUCGAGUACCGUUGGGUGGAGUUCAAGCGAUGUACUUCCUUUAUAUACGAGAUCGAAUCCAUAGAACCCCGGCGCGUGGAGGUGGGGCUGCGGUCGCUUGAGAUCCGGAACAAGUUUAACAUACUCGGGGGAACGUUCAAAGAGGAUAUUGGUCAUCCAGUUUAUUUUACAUCUUUCUGUGCACCAAAACGUUCUUUGGAAAGUUCUCCACCAAACGCCCGUCCGCGCCCAUGUCCGCCCUGUCGUCCGGCUCAUGCUCCUGCAGCUGCCGCCAGUAAAAAGUCGUCAACGUCUCGCGAGCUUAAGUACAGCCAGGCGUUAACAGAUCCGAAACGUCCACAAGCGUCAGACGUGAAUAGCCAACCGCAAAAGGCCGCUGUCGGUGACGAAAUUCUCAUGGAACGCCUGACCAACGCUUCCACCCUAGCCUCAUCGAGUUCAUCAGAGGACAACGCGUCAGACGACGGAAGCUACUCUUUGAACCUCGCAGCGACUAGAGAAUCUAUGUCCACUGAGGUCAUCAAUACUGAUUCCGAUUCCUCUCACUCGCUAACAAGCAUUGCUGAAAGCGCUAUCCAUAUGCAAACCGCAAGCAGUGACGAUAGUCUCCCUUCUAGGUCAUCCAGUGUAAAGCCAGUACAUCUGAGCCUCCCGUCUACCAGUGGAACAUACGUCUCAAGUGUUAGUCUUGUAGCAAGGCCAUGUUCGUCUUCUAGCGCACAAUCACUAUCGCGUCGACGACCUCAUUCGUCUGUGUCAGCUCCUUGUCUAAGAUCAUGUUUUUAUGGCCGCACCGAUCGCUGCAUGGAGCCAUUCGUCGCUGAAAGUCACGACCUUGAACUUACACAGAGACGCAACGUCCGGUCUGUCGACGAACUCUACAAGCUCGUGUGCGACAACGAGACGCAAUGCCUACAGGAGAAACUGACCAAUCGCCUCAAGGAAUACCUGAAGACGACUUUUGUGCUGCAGAAAAAAAAACUCUCCGACAUGCUAAUCCAUCUAGCAUGGCUAGUAAUGGGGGCCGCUAUUGACAGGAUAUGGCUUCGAUUCUACGAGCUAAAUUAUCCGUAAUAUGUAAAGUAAUAAAGUAUGUAAUAUUUCACUAAAACAAUUCAUGCUGAAGUGCAUCACGAUGAUUUAGUUUAAAAGAAUCUUCCUUUUUAUGACAUUAAAAUAUUAUAUUACUAUUUAUUUACCACGGAUGCACCUGUCAAAUGUUUCUUGAUUCCGGAAAUUUGUAUUUUAUGAUAUUGUUUAAUAAUCUUUUUAUGGAAUAAAAUUUAUUUAAUA